AUGCAACGAGCAGUGACUUCUAGGGCCUCGGUCCUCGGACGCUCGUCCUCGAAGCUCCGUCCUGCUGCUUCUGCUGGCUUCAAUGCCCAGCAAUUGCGAUUCGCGCACAAGGAACUCAAGUUCGGUGUCGAGGCUCGGGCAUCUCUCUUGGCCGGUGUUGAAACUUUGGCAAAAGCUGUGGCGACCACACUGGGACCUAAGGGACGAAAUGUAUUGAUCGAGUCGAGUUAUGGAUCUCCCAAGAUCACAAAAGAUGGUGUUACUGUUGCCCGCGCCAUUACCCUGAAAGACAAGUUUGAGAACCUCGGAGCCCGCCUUAUCCAAGAUGUUGCAUCCAAGACGAACGAGACUGCAGGCGAUGGAACUACAACCGCCACAGUGCUGGCACGCGCCAUCUUCUCCGAGACAGUUAAGAAUGUCGCCGCAGGAUGCAACCCAAUGGAUCUCCGACGCGGUACCCAAGCAGCUGUCGAGGCAGUCGUUGAAUUUCUCCAGAAGAACAAGCGUGAUAUCACUACCAGCGAAGAGAUUCAACAAGUUGCCACCAUCAGUGCCAACGGAGAUAUCCAUGUUGGAAAGCUGAUCGCCAACGCGAUGGAGAAGGUCGGAAAGGAGGGCGUCAUAACCGUCAAGGAGGGAAAGACUAUGGAGGACGAGCUAGAGGUUACCGAGGGUAUGCGAUUUGACCGCGGCUUUGUCUCGCCAUACUUCAUCACCGACACAAAGUCACAAAAGGUUGAGUUCGAGAAGCCAUUGAUCCUCCUUUCUGAGAAGAAGAUUUCUGCCGUCCAAGACAUCAUCCCUGCUCUCGAGGCCUCCACCCAACUCCGUAGACCAUUGGUCAUCAUUGCCGAGGACAUCGAUGGCGAGGCACUCGCAGUCUGCAUCUUGAACAAGCUCCGUGGUCAACUCCAGGUCGUUGCCGUCAAGGCUCCUGGCUUCGGUGAUAACCGCAAGUCCAUCCUGGGUGACCUCGGUAUUCUCACCAACGCUACCGUCUUCACCGAUGAGCUUGACAUCAAGUUAGAGAAGGCUACCCCAGAUAUGUUCGGAACCACCGGCUCUAUCACUAUCACCAAGGAGGACACCAUUAUCCUCAACGGCGAGGGGAGCAAGGACGCCAUCAGCCAACGCUGUGAGCAGAUCCGAGGUGUCAUGAAUGACCCAACCACCUCUGACUACGAGAAAGAAAAGCUCCAAGAGCGUCUUGCUAAGCUCUCUGGUGGCGUGGCCGUCAUCAAGGUCGGUGGGUCUUCAGAGGUCGAAGUUGGUGAGAAGAAGGACAGAUACGUAGAUGCUCUCAACGCAACAAGAGCUGCCGUCGAGGAGGGUAUCCUCCCUGGUGGUGGAACUGCUCUUCUCAAGGCAGCCAGUCAAUCUCUUGGCGGACUCAAGCCAGCCAACUUUGAUCAACAACUCGGUGUCAGCAUCAUAAAGAGUGCAAUCACCAAGCCCGCACGUAUGAUUGUUGAGAAUGCUGGGAACGAGGGCUCUGUUGUUGUUGGCAAGCUUAUGGAUGAUUUUGGAUCCGACUUCAACAAGGGAUACGACAGCUCCAAGGGCGAGUUCGUCGACAUGAUUUCUGCCGGUAUCGUCGAUCCAUUCAAGGUUGUCCGCACUGCAUUGAUUGAUGCCAGUGGUGUUGCCUCCCUCCUUGGUACGACUGAGGUUGCGAUUGUCGAGGCUCCCGAGGAGAAGGGACCACCAGGCGGAAUGCCAGGCGGAAUGGGAAUGGGCGGCAUGGGCGGAAUGAUGUAA